CUGGAGAUGCGCAAAGAACGAAAACUGGUCUUUUCGCAGUUAUGGACUCUGGUGAACUGUGGUACACAUAUGUUGUUUAUACAGUAUCGAGCAUGGUAUGUUUCCCAAAGCUGCCCGACAGUCUAUUAUUGCCUGUCAGAAACGAAAAAAUCGGCGAAAAUCAACAUUCGCAUCGACCAACGGAAGUUCACGGAAAGCAUUCUCUAGGAGUCCUCGAUCGCAAAGGUGGAGGUCCACAUCCGUGAUACAACCUAACUUUAGCGGAAGCUUUCAGUAUCGAUCGGACGGCAGCUGAUACUCUCGACGACGACGACGACGACGACGCAAGCUCGACUCGUGACGAGGAUCCAUCGAGGUAGAGGGGUAAUCAGUUUAUCCUCCCUCUCGUUGCCGCUGUUUGGUUCCUCCUCUCUUUCCUUUUGUUGCGGUCUUUCCCUCUUUUUCUCGCAUCCUCGCGAGGAAGAGGACGAGAAGUAGAAAAGAUGAGCGAUCAAGAGGAUCUCGACUACUACAUCAUGUUCCCGUCGUCUCCGUCGUUCCCGAAAACUCCCACGGUGACCACUGGGAGCCAGGAUCAGGGAGAGGAAUACGUGUUCGUGUACCAGGAGGAGCGGCCAGUUGUUGUGCUGCUAGGAUGGGCCGGCUGCAAGGACAGAUACUUGGCCAAGUACAGCGCGAUGUACGAGGAGAAAGGCUGUAUCACGCUACGGUACACGGCGCCGGUAGAAUGUCUAUUCUGGCGAAGGGACAAGAUGCCUUACAUCGGCAAACGAUUGAUCCAGGUGAUCACAGACAAAAGUUUAGAUCAGUACCCGAUAUUCUUUCACGUCUUCAGCAACGGUGGCGCGUUUCUCUACCAGCACGUAAGCCUUGCGAUGCAACAAGCUAACACGCCGUUGAAGGUGAAAGGUGUGAUAUUCGACAGUGCACCAGGUGAAAGAAGAUUGACUGCUCUCUUCAAAGCAAUCAGCGCGAUUAUCGGAGGACAUCCAGUUUUAAAUAUACCCAUGUCAUUCUUCAUUACGAUCUUCCUUUCUGUACUUUGGUUCUUCGAGGUGAUCGCGCACGCUUUUGGACUCGGUUAUCCAGUGCAAACGAAUCCGAUCGCUCUUGCAGAGGAAGCCUAUUCUUGGCCCCAAUUGUUUCUUUACUCAAACACCGACACUUUAAUACCAGCAUCGGAUGUUGAAAAGUUCGCCAGCCGACGCGCAGAACGUGGCGUUCGAGUGCAAUUGGUGCUCUUCACAAAUUCUCCGCACGUUAAGCAUUAUGCUACUUAUCCAGACGUCUACGUGAACACCGUCUGUAGUUUCAUGCAUGAAUGUUUGGGCUCGCCGAACUUAGGAAACCUGGACUCGCCUCAAGAUCACGGCGAAGAUAGCUCUCAAAGUUACGAUGCUCUGCCGGGUCUCACCAAGAGAGUUGUACUACCUCACAAGGCCGCUCCGCAAGUAAAUUAGAGAAAAAUCGCGUAUUGCGCGAUGUUGCAUGUAUGUACAUACGCCCAGGUGCGAUUUAAGUUUCUCGCGAUUAAGAGGAAGGGUAGGGAAGAAUAUUGGACAAACCUAAGGAAAGCCUAACACAGAACUUCCUGUCUUCGCAAGGAAACAACAUGGAUAAAUAAGGCAAAUAGUAGGAAAUUCCUUCUUCUACACUUUCCCUUAAUUAAAAGAAGCCUUAAUUGCACGAGAUUGAUGACUAUGUGCAAAAAGGUGGACAAACUGGAAGACCGAGAAGAUCGAAGUAUCAUUUGCUUUUGGACGGUGUUGGAUCUUGAUUAUUCAUAUUACUUUGUGAUCUAAUGAAUCAUUAAGUAAUACCAAUUGGCACAAACUGUAUUUUUGUAGAAUUGUUAAAGAUUUAUAAUGAGCUCGACUUCUCUAUUCUCCUUUUGUCCUCUUAUAUUUGUUUCGUAUUUCCUUCGUAUCUUCCAGUUUCUUCCCUUACCGUGUGUCCCUGAACGUCGAUGGUGCCUGAACUUUGCAAAUCGACAAAAUUGCGUUUCUUUUAGAAGAAAAUAAACACACAAUACAUUCGGUCUGUCGUUCAAUCGUGUACGAUUAUUAGGUGUACAAAUUGAUUCAGUGUCUUUUCUUUGUUAAUUAAAAGUUUAUUUUUAAAAAGGUAACUUCAACUAUUCGAAUAAUUAUCGUUGUUAUCAAAGGCUUGCGCUACAAAAUAGCGUAAUGCUAAAGGCAUCGAGUUACAAUUUGUACAUCUAAUGUUUUGAAUGUUUGAUGAAUGGAAUAACGUUGCGUAACACUCCCGAUUUCCUUGUUCGAAAUCCCGUAAUCUCGUGUAGUGAGUUAUCAAAGACUCUAGAUGCACUUGACAGCAAACUAAAAAGAAGAACUUAAAAUUAGAAACCUAGACGCUUGCUGAUACGAUUAAAGUGCGCACGAGAGAUAUACGUCAUUAAUUGAAAUUUCAAGGAAUAAUUAAUUUCGCGAUGUUUCAAUUGGGACGUAAUAACAAGUUCGCACAAAAGGAUCAAGCUGGUCUUGAUUUAGCUUUUGAUUUAAUUGCUGUGUAAUUAAGUAUCGAUGAAACGGAGGAAUUUUCUUGUAUCCUACACUAUCAAAUAAUGUUACGUCUGUGCAUAUACACAUAUGCGUGUAAACACACAAAUAUAUAAAUAUAUAUAUUUUGAUCUGUCGAUUAGUUAUGAAUAAAGACUGAUAAAUGUA